UUCUUCAGUGAUAGCAAAUUUGCAUUUGUUCGCCAUUUUGAUGAAAGCGUUGCAACAGAUUCGGACAGAAAAUUUUAUUUUGCAUACGAAAUCCGGUAUAAAAUGAAUGCAAAUCAGGUUGAAAUAAGUGUUGACGACUACAUGGCUGACCCGCAAUUCAUUAUCGAAACUGAAAAAAAUCCGGAACUACACAAACUUAUAGUUGAUGAGUGGGAAUUGGAUCCAGCCAUUUAUGCUAUUUUAGUUGGACAUGGAAUUACGGUAGAAUAUUUAAAACUAUCGGACGAAAGAGCACUCGAAGAUGUUUUUUCGGUUGCCAAAUGGACAGGGCAUAAGCAUGCUCUACGUAAAAAGCUAAUUCAAUGGGAAGAAAGCGCACUAUGUCCACAAUUUCCGUCCAAUACAGAAAUGCCUAUGGAUGUGGAAACCUGUGUGUUACCCGGAGUAUCAGAACACAAGCUACUAUCAACUAGUGUGACAAUUCAUUUGCUCGAAGAUAUUUUGAAUCGUAAUGAAAAGGGCAAAAUAAUAACCGAACAUUACCAAAUGCACAACAAAUUGGAUUCUGAACAACGAAGAUCUUUGGCUCAUACUAUCGUCGAUUAUUACAUUGCUCGUCGCCGCAAUUUUCCGCUACCAGACAUGGCACGAUUCGCCCAGCUCAUCUCUGAACGUUUUUUUGUAAACGUAUUGCAAAAUUUGCAUUCCAAAGCAUUGGAACUUUCGGCUGCAGAGGUUGAAAGACUGACGGCUUUCAGAAACUGGAUGCGUAAUAAUUCAGAACCCGGCGAAAAAGUUUUUCAACAGUGGAAAGAGUGCUUUUUGCUGCGUCUUAGGAAUAUUCUAAAAGACGAAGAUGUAAAUAAGCAAAAUACCAUUCAAGAAUGGCCAAGAUUAUGUGAUAAAAAUGGAUACUUAUUGGUUGAUUGCGAUUUUGACAUCCUACACGAGGGAAUAAACAAAACAAAAAAUCUGUUUGAAAAUUGGGAGCAGUUCGCAGUUCACUUUAUAAAGUACAUUCAGAUAAGCAACAUAAAAGACCAUUUCUCUCUAGAGCUUGUGAUGUUAUUGGAUGACCCAAAUUUACCUCUAGACUCCCGUGACUACAUUAUUUGCACUGUUUUCCAUGCUAUUCUAAAGCCGGUUAGGGCAUCGAAUAAAAAACUACCAACGAUUCUUCAGGCGCAAAUUGACGUAUGCCGUAUAUUUGAUACUCAACAGGAGUACAAAAAGGCGCUCUGUGAUUUGCGAGAAGAGUUUACUUUUAAUAACCAAUCAUUGUCACCUAGAAUUUGUGUUAUUGGAAAACCUAAUAGUUUCGAAUCAUAUUUCGUCGUUACGAAAUCGCUGGAGUAUCAGCUCCCUUCUUUUCUACGUUGCCUGGAUGUUGUUCUAAAGCUCAAAACUAUCCUUGGUUUUGAGUAUCCUGAAAGCUGUGAAAUUUUCUGGUGUUUCAUCAGUCGAUUUUUUUACAAUAUUGACUACAUGCGAAAAUCGAAGAACACUCAGUUGUUACAGUUAUUAGCAUAUUUGAGAGAGCACCAUAAUGAACUGCCAACUGUGCAAGGAACCGUAUGAUAACUUUCAAUAUCUUCUCGAUCAUUUAACUCUGCUACAUGGAACACCAUCAACCUUCAAGUAUAAAUGUUCGAUUUGUAUACCAACAGCUUCAUUCCAAGAUGUUUAUCGUUUCAAACGACAUGUUAACAUGCAGCAUGCCGAUGUUUUUGAGUGCAAAGUCGACAAUGAAAAUUACACACCUUACCAAGAGUCACAGGAAAUUUCAAAUACAGAGGAAAAUAUGCCAAUUCUUUGCGAUGUGGAGUUUUCUACAGGAGCGUUGAAAAAUGACGAAACGGAAAAGGAGAAAAUAAGCGAAGAGAAAAUUUUAGAUAUAAGGCAUAGUCUACGAAAAUGUAUUUUGAAUUUCACACUUAACCUACAUAGUAAAAAAAAUCUUACACGAAAAGAUGUACUCGAUCUUCAAAGGGAUAUCUCCAGAGACAUUGUCGUUCCAAUAUGUGACACAUUGAACUUAUUAGCACCUAUACCUGAGGACCCCUGUUUCCAACAAUUAUUAGAUGAUUUGCGAGACCCGUUUCAGUUUAUUGCUUCAGAGCAAAAAUUUAAAAGCCAACUUAAAAAUAUGCAUCUGCAUGAUGCACCAAAAAGUGUAAGUUACAAGGAUAAAGAGGGAAAUAUCCGUUCUAAAAGUUGCCUGAUGCCAAUCAAACAUCAAAUCAAAAAAUUUUUCGAGACUGGAAAUA